AAAAAAAGCACUGGAGGGGCCAGAGGAAAAGACCACCAAGAAGGGGCUGCGGAAGCAAUGAAGAAAGGCAAUAGCAAGAAUAGAGCAAAGUGGCUGCGAAGGGGAACUGGACCCCCAGGACCUAGGAGGAGUGCGUGAUACGCUGGAGAGUUAAGUCCGGAAAGCGCGAGGAGGCAGGGGCGGAGUGAAGUCCUUGCAGGCAAUGUGUCUGUGAGGGAAGCGAUCGUCCUGGGAGGCUGAAGACUUCAGAGGUAGAGGGGCACUUUUCAAAGUAGGGAAACCUCGGAAUGGGGAGGGGACUGGAGGCCAAGCAAAGGGCGGGGCUUUUAAAAAGUUGGGAGAUGGGUCUGGCGAUGACCAGGGACUCCGUGGAGCUCAAAAGACUGCUUGCUACCCGCUCCCCCUUUCUUGAGAUCGCAACCGGGUGAAGCAGCAUCCGUCCCGCCGCGAAGACAUGAAAGCGCAGGCCCAGAGCGGUGGGCAUUGUCACGUGUGGCUCGUGCGCGGAAUUGGCCCCGCCCCCGGCCGCCUGCGGUUUUGGAUUGGCUGGUCCACCCGGAAGGGGGCUGCCGGUGGCGGCUGUAGACUAGGGGGACUGCCGUCGGCGCUUCGGCUGCAGCGGAGAGCGGCUGCGUCCCCGCAGCCAGAAGCCCAACGGGCCCCAGCCAUCUCCCGUGACUCCAGCCCUGGUCCUCUGGAUGGACCCUCAUCCCUCGCCUCCGGGCAGGUGGGGGUCGCCGAGUCCGGGCCCUCGGGAGUCUGGCCCAGACGGCCGCUCCGAUACCUGCAGCGCCUCUCGGAUGGAGGUCCUGGAGGAGUUCGACAGCGAGUUCCCCCAGAGCGUGACCUUCUGCCAGCUCAUCUCCGUGGAGGACUUCGAGAGGCAGGCGGUGACCUACACGGAACGCGCGCUGCGCCGCCUCUUCCGCACCCUGGAUCGCGCCCCACGGCUGGCAGAGAGGGUGCUGCGCAAGAGCAAGCAGGCCGAGUGCGAGCAGCGCGGCCUCUUCUCCUUUCUCUGGGCGAAGUUCCUCAGUGCCGUCCAGGGGGAUCUGAACCUAUGCAACGGCAUGGGAGCCCAGGAGAUGCGCCAGCGCCUGAAACAGCUGAAGAGCAUCAUCCACCGUGUGCACCUGUACGCCCGGAAUACCAAGAAGAAGAGAAGAAAGCUCAAACUGAAGAAAACAAAACCCAUCCUCCUAAAGAACCAGUCGACCUCUCCAUGUCUACCACCAACUCUGCUGCCACCUCCACCACUACCAUCACUGCCACCACCUGUCACCACCAUAACCUCUGUAGUGGCCCCAUCAUCCCCUGUCUACACUAUGCCCAGGGUCUUUGGCCCCUUCCUUCGCUUCUUAGCAAGCCAGUCAAUGGAGAAAUUGGACAUCUCAAGGUCUGAAGUGAAAUUAAACUGGAAUGGUCUGUCAUCAAACCCAAAGAGCCACAUCGUUGAUCUGACCCCCUUGGUCCUCAAUCCUAGAGGCUUCCAUUUCUCACACUUGCCUAGAAACAGUCCACACAAGCUCCAUUGCCCCGGCUUCCUCUGGACCUCAGCCUGUAGUGGCUCCUCCAGCUCUGACAAGACCCCCACCCCAGCCUGUGCUGGGAAGGCAUCCAUCUUCACUCCGCCUGUCCUCCUCAAGUUCCAGCCUAUUCCCAGACCCAAAGACAACUCAGAGAACAGCCCCAGCAAUGCGGAGUCCAAGUGCCACAAGAGGAGCCCGUGACCUCUUCCCUACAGACCAGGCCUGAGGAAUGAAUAAAGUUCCCAUG